AUGGCGCCGCGCCUCAGCUCCGCGCAGGCGCAAGGUACGCCGCACCGCCCCGCCCCGCUCCUCCGCGGCGGCCCUUGCGCCUGCGCGGGCCGGCACCAGGCGGGGCCUCCUUUCCUGCGCAUGCUCCCGCCGCGCUGCGGCCACCCGCUCCGCUCCACGCGACGUCCGGGUGGGCGUGUGAGGAGCGCGCCGCCCUCGGCACCUCCCUCCGCCUCCGCCUGCGCCUGCGCCGUGCUGGGGCCGUGCCUGAGCCUGGGCGCGCUGGGGCUGCUGCUGGCACCGGCCGCCGGGACGAGACCGACCCGCGGCGGCACCGGCAGCGCUUGCGAGGGUGGCCGCCGCUGCCGCUCCGCCGCUUCCCCCUCCGGGCCGGUGUUCGCCACGCACGCCGGGCUGUGGCGGACCCGCUGCUAACUGGGCAUCGACUCCCGCCUCGACAGCCUCCUCUUGUGGGGCAUCGCUCAGAGAUGCACUGCUAUCAAGUACCACUUUUCCUAGCUGGUAUGUUUGCACAACAUCCGCUUCAACCUGGUGAAGAUGAUCCACCAAGACGAAUGGCAUUUGCGCCACUUGAGAAAGAUCAUGGCCGUGGCUGCAGAUGUUCUUCUCUGCGAGUGCAUCAUUGCAGCAGUCAGCUGCUUCUGGGAGGAAAGCCUCACCCAGCACAUUGCAGGUCUGCUGUUCCUGGGGACAGAAACAUUUUGCAUUGUAUCUCUGUGCACUUAUGCAGCCAGCAUAUCAUACGCUAACCACCUCCCCACAUUCAUCUCUAAUCUUCCCAGUGAUGUAGAGCAUGGAUACAGCUGGUCUGUAUUUUCUGCUUGGUGCAGUCUGGGGUUUACAGUAGCAGCUGCGUGUCUUUGCACAGCUUACCCGUUUGUUAGCAGGGCAACAUUAUGCAGCCUCCGUAGAAGUCACUUUUCAUUGUUCAUCCACUCGGCAAGUUUUUCCAUCUUCUACACCGUGCCCUUGGAGUAA